GGGGUGUAUUACCAGACUUACAACAGAGAGGACGCAAAUAACGACCAAGCCCAAAAUAUGCUCGAUCUUGCAAGUAGAGACGUAUCAAGAUAUACAAACAAUGCUGAUUUUGAAGCAACUUGGAUGGCGGUUGUUACGUGGAAGGAGGUCUAUCCAUAUCCUCAUUACUGCUAUCAAAACGCUUAUUAUUACUCCCGGUGGUGGUGCUAUUAUUGGCAGGAUCGUUAUGGUACCGCCCAAAAGCAGACUGUGAAUCACCAAACUGUGCUAGUAACGGAUGGAAUGAGGACAUAUUCUUUAUUCCAUUAUGGUGAAAUGUCUUGGAAAUGGUGGAAGAACGCCAAUAUUGGCUACGACGCUGGAGAUGACUUCAAUUACUUUCACCACUAUCUAUAUGGCAAAAAAGGUAUCCUUGAUAUCAGCCGUAUGAAAGGAAACACAGGGUUGAUCGGUGGUUGGAUCUUUCGCCUGGAUUUGAAUGGGGAGAAUAAACCAAACUUUGGCGCGAAAUGUGUCCUCUGGGCCAUCAGGGAUAUCCGAUCUUUAUCUACAAGUUUAUGGCAAGCAAAGAAUGAAGUCCAGCCAUGCCCAUGUAUGGUAUGGCAGGCAUGGAGGGACAGGCGUUUCCGUAUGGACUGGUGGUCACUAUGCGCACAUCAGAGAUUCCCUAGCAGACAUAGACAUGGGCAGAUGUGCUGCUAUAAUAAUGACUGGUGGACCGAUUGGAGGUCUUGGGGGACGUUAUUGACUGAUGUCAGGACCGGCGCAGGCCAUUUUGAACGCUACCAUUACAGAAGGUACAGGAGGAAACAUAAGAACAAAGACAUUCUCCCUCGAUAUUAUUGCUGCGAGGCUUCAAAUUACUGCCUCUUAUUCACUUCUAUUAGACCAGUGGACACCUGUCGCAACUACAGACCACCACGUUGGACAUGGUUCUGGGGUGAUCCCCACGUCCGUACAUUAGACGGCAAGACAUACACAUUCAAUGGUUUGGGAGAGUAUACACUGAUUCAGACAACGGAUGAUUAUUUCACCCUUCAGGGCAGGACAUCCAGGGCUGUCACAUCCAAUGGGACUAUCACUAAAGCUACUGUAUUCACUGCAUUUGCUGUGAAGGACGAACUCUCCGAUAAGCUCUAUGUACAGCUGGCUGACAAUUUAAUCGAUAUGAUUGUACUGGUAAAUGGUGUUGAUGUCACUAGUGCAGUUGAGGAUCUAGCAAAUGAAGAACCUCCAGAGACACUGGAGAAAACAGGACUUAGCAUUAGCGUUGACACUCACGACCAUGUAAUAACCGCUGCCUUUGCUAGUGGAUUCUCUCUGAAUAUAUCAGUUGCCGUUCGCAGUCUCUCAGUAACAGUUACUGCACCUGUGCUGACCAACACCUCGAUUGUUACUAAAGGCCUCAUGGGAACCAUGAAUGGGGAUACAUCAGAUGACUUCACAAAGCCAGAUGGUACAGUCCUCUCAGAAGAUAGUAAUGACAAGGAGAUCUAUAGCGGAUUUGGAGAACUGUGGAGAUUAACACAAGACCAAUCGAUAUUCUGGUACCCGAAUGGAUCCUCGACAGACGAUUUCUCAGAUGCCUCAUUCGAACCUCUCUUCCUCUCGGACUUCACUCAAGAACAACGAGACGCUGCUAAUACGAUGUGUAGGUCAGAAAUAUCUUGUGUGUUUGACUACCUAGCAACGGGAGAAGAGGACGUGGCGAAUGCAACGCUGUCGACCAACGCUGGAAAUGCACAUGCCGCAUUGCAAGCAGAGAAUUUUGCACCUCAGCUCAGUGUUGACCUUAGUCAGAAUUUCACAGUUGGGUCUCUCACGGAGUUUGCUAUAUCUGUAUCGGAUAACGACAGUUCAAUCAUCUACGUUAUACCAACCUCACCGCUCCCCGACGGAGCCAUCUUAGAUAACGAUACCAGGACAUUUUCAUAUACUCCCAAAGACUUGACACCAUCCAAUUUAUCAUUUCUCGCUGAAGAUGAUUUGGGAGCGAGAUCCCCGGAGUUUAGGAUUACAGUUUGGAUGUGUACAAACUGUUCCAGUGGGCAGGGAGAGUGUGAGUUUGGCACUGAAGCCGAAAAUCAAACCGAAUCGAGCGAUUACUUCAUGAUUCCAAUGUGUGAUUGCUUUGUUGGCUGGGAAGGUGAUGACUGUGAGAUUGACCUAGAUGGAUGUGAGGGUGACCCCUGUGGUAAUGACUCUAUUUGUUAUGAUAUGACACCCGAGGAGCAACAAAUCAACGGCACCUUAUUCAAUUGUUCCUCGUGCCCCGACGGUCACAUUAGAUAUUGAUGAGUGUGCCAACGAUACACAAAACGAUUGCCAACAGGAAUGUGUCAACGAGAAGGGAAGCUAUCACUGCACGUGUUCACCAGGUUACUUAGCGACAAAUGAAACACAUUGUCAAGAUAUUGAUGAAUGUGCUGAGGGCAUCAGUGGCUGUGAACAACUAUGUAACAAUACAGAGGGUAACUUCACGUGUAGCUGUGAAGAAGGGUUCACAGCAGAUGGGAAAACGUGUGUAAGAGAUCCUGCAUCAUUAUUACCAUGUGUGGAUGAGAAUCUGAAUUGCGAGUAUGGCUGUAGGAAUACAUCCGAUCCACCUGUGUGUUUCUGUCAGACUGGGUUUGACCUAACGGGAUCCGAAAAUUGUACAAAUAUCGACGAAUGUGCACGCAACAUGGAUGGUUGUGAGGUGGGUUGUAAUGAUACAGAGGGUGGUUUUCAGUGUUACUGUGAUCCAGGCUUUCAACUCGGAAAUGAUCAGAAAUCAUGUGAAGAGUGUGACUCCUCUCAUUGGGGCAUUGCAUGCGCCAAUCUAUGUGAAUGUGGAAGCCGAGCCAGACAAUGCGAUGCCAGUAUUGGUUGUACUGACUGUGUACCAGGUUGGGGAGGAGAGAACUGCGAGGAAGACA